AUGUGUUCACGGGGAAUAUCUAUCUUUGGCAACGCCUGCAUGCUCAGUAUAUAUAGCCUACUCGGGCGGCGUUUGCAUGAGAGUGGUUGAAAACGGUUGUAAGACGAAGUUGCCUCUUCCGCAGUAUCAAGCAAUCCCUUGCAAAAACAAAGAUGACGGACCAACGAUUCCCAACCGCUGUCAAGCUUAUUGGGGUUAUGGAAAAGAAUACGAGCAAGGUGUUCAUGACCUCUGUGCUUUGGUCAGAUCAUAGCGAAAUCAUUGUUUACAGAUCAUUUCAGGAGUUCAAGAAACUUCAUAAGCAACUGAAAAAGCUGUUUUCCUUGAAAAACCCAUUUCACACAUCAGAGAGAGUGAUUCCAAGGUUCAGAGCAAGGAACACAAAGACUUCUCAGAGGAAGGACUCCAGCAAAUCAUUGCGUCGCCUGUCUCUCCUGGAAAAUUACUGCACAGAGCUGCUGAAAUGUGAGCCCAGCGUCACACAGAGCUCUGAGCUGAUCCAGUUCUUCCUGCCACAGCAUCAGGACCUGCAGCCAGAGUUCGUAAAGAACAGCAUUGUGAUUCUGCACUUGGAGGACAUUGCAGACAGCAAUGAUAGAGGAAUGGAUACUAUUGGCGGCAAGCGAUUCAGCAUGGGCAAUGUGACACGGCCCUAUGUGCCUGAAACAUACCGUUGUGUGGCCCCAUAUGAGACAAGGGACACCAAGAACAGGCCCUUCAAAGUGGCUGUGGAUGAGACGGUGGAUGUACUCAUCAAAGACAAAGCAGGUUGGUGGCUGGUGGAGAAUGAUGGCAAAUGCCUGGCCUGGUUCCCAGCACCUUACUUGGUUAAGUGUGAGGAUGGGGAUGAAGAAGAUGACUAUGACGAUGGGACACCUGCAGCAGGUUUACUAUACAAUGCAGUCAGGAACUAUACAUCUAAAAAUGAGGACGAGGUCACUAUGCACAUUGGCUCUGUGGUGGAGGUGCUGCAAAAAUCUGACAAUGGCUGGUGGCUCAUCAGAAAUAAGGGCAAAGCUGGCUAUGUGCCCUCCAUGUACCUGAAACCUUAUACCAACCCACUUGUCCAUGCCCAGAGGGAGAUGUGGAGUUCCACACUUAACAUGGCACAGCUGCAUAACUCAGACCGAUUCUCCCCCCUGCCAAAGGGAAGCCUCAGUGCUGUUAACAAGAAAAAAUCACACUCACUGGACAUUCUGUCAGAGCCACACCAGAGCCAUGUCCUCCCGCCUGUCCCAACAGAGAACGAGAGCCGCAAGGGCAGCAUGAGCGGGGUUAGUCUGGGGAGUGAGUCCAGCUUCAGUGAUGACUCCAGCUGGACAGGCAGCGACUCUCUCAGUUGCAGCCCCACGGGCAUAGUGGAGCUCCACAGCACUGAUAGUGGCCUCGCUGAGGAAAGGCUCAGCCCCAGCAGUCCUGACCUCAAUCCCCUGAAGGUCUCCUCCGCUCCCAAGGUUCCACCACGGCCCAGGGACCAGGAGAUCUUCACCCGCUGCACCACUUUCACACGCAAGGCUGCCCUGGCGUCCAAAGCCCGCCUACCUGAGCUGAAGCAAAUGCAGGGUCGUUAGGGUGGAUUAGGGGUGACUAAAGUUGCCAGUGAGGAUAAUUAAGACUGUAAAGAAAUAUAUUGCCUUGUUAUUGAUGUUUUUGUAUAGUUCUUUUAUAGUUACAAGAGUUUAACAUGUGAUACAGCAGUAUGACAUUAUGGUAAUCAGUAAUCUGCAUACAGAAAGAGAAAAGAGUACAGGUAGUAAUAGAAAUCACAAUGAAAACUACAAGAUAAAUGCACAUAAUACAGUUUAUCAGACACAAAUAAUCAUGGAAUAUCAACAUGUUUUUUGUUGGCUGGAGCUGAUUGGUUUGAUUUCUGUAAUAAUGGACUCUGAUCAUUGAUGCAUUUCUUUUAUGCACUUGUGUUCUGAGGUUUAAAUCUAUAUUUUCCAUAGUGGAAAACAUAAAUGUGUUUAUGUAUGUUAUUCUUCUGUUCUCAUGAAUUCACAUGUUUUUACAUUGUCCUUCGAACUGCAGAGAAUAGCCCUGCCCAUGCAGGUAUGUUGGCUGUGUGUGUUUGUGAAGAAUGUAAAGUAUCUGAUUAUGUUCAACCAUUCAUUUUAUUUGAAUAAAAACCCUUUAUCAUA